AUGGUGAAAAUUCACAUGACUCUGUGUCUCCUCCUCCUGCUAUUCAGCUCCGCAGUUCUAUCUACCUAUGCCCGGCCGAUCAAGCAGCGCGGAGGCGCCGGGUGCAUGAAGCCAGGGGCGUGCAUCCGGGAGCAAGCCAAGAGAGAAAUAGACGGCCACCAAGGAUCGAGCCGCGGAUUCCUCGAUCUCAGCUCCCUAGGAUACGUCAAGGAAUCUGGUCCGAGCCCUGGAGAUGGUCACUAA